AUGCAUAUUUUACUCCUCAUUUGUGUGCAUAAAAAACUUCCGGAGAACUGGAAAGAUUGGAUCGAGACACCGUUUACUGAAGAAGAGAUUAGAACAGCGGUGUGGAAUUGCGAAGGAGGGAAAAGUCCCGGGCCAGAUGGAUUCAAUUUUAACUUCUUCAAAAAUUGCUGGGAGAUUAUUAAAGAUGACCUCUUCGAGGUUAUGAGAGAUUUUCAUUCACACGGGAAACUCGCAAAAGGCAGUAACCCUUCUUUUAUUGCCCUGAUUCCGAAGAAAGAAGGCGCCGCUGUUCUGAAAGAAUUUCGGCCAAUUUCCCUCAUUAACUGCCUGUAUAAGGUGAUCUCCAAAGUUCUUGCCUCGAGAUUGAAACAGGUUAUGCAUCUCAUUAUAGCUGAAUGCCAGAGUGCUUUUGUUGGAGGUAGAUACAUUCUUGAUGGUGUGAUUGUGCUCAAUGAGAUCAUCGAAGAAACUACUAAGAAGAAGAAAGGUUUGGCCCUGUUUAAAGUUGAUUUCGCAAGAGCUUAUGAUACUGUUGACUGGGCUUUUUUGGAUAACAUGCUUGAGCAUAUGAAUUUUGGAUUCAAAUGGAGAGGGUGGAUAUCAGGUUGUCUUUGUUCGGCUUCCGCAAACGUUCUGGUCAACGGAAGUCCCUCGGGCGAGUUUCGGUUGGAGAGAGGACUUAGACAAGGUGAUCCACUUUCACCUUUCUUGUUCCUAAUUGUGGCGGAAGGUCUUAAUCUCCUUGUGGAAAGAGCAAUUCAUAAAGGAUGCCUUGAGCCGGUCUCUAUUGGUAGAGAGGAGGUUAGGAUUUCUCAUUUGCAAUAUGCCGACGACACGAUGUUUGUUGUCACCGAGAAGAGAGAUAAUGCUUGGGCAAUCAAAUGUAUUCUUAAGUUGUUUGAACUUCUGUCGGGUUUGUCAGUAAACUUCGACAAAAGUUGCAUCGUAGGGGUUGGAACUUCAGAGUCCGUGUGUAGAGAUCUGGCAAACACUCUUAAGUGCCAAGUGGGGGAGAUGCCGAUUAAUUACCUUGGCAUCAAGAUUGGGAAAAGUCUGUCUCGUGCGGUGGAGUGGAAAUAUCUUGUGGACAAAGUCAAGAGGAGGAUUGCAAAGUGGAAUAACAGGAAGAUCUCAUUUGCUGGUCGGGUAACCUUACUUCGCUCGGUUCUAACCUCCAUUCCGAUCUAUCAAAUGUCGUUCUCUAUCAUCAAUAAAUCAGUGAUCUCUCAGAUUCGUUCGAUCGUUUAUCUUGAAAGCUUCAACAAGGCCCUUAUGGCCAAAUGGAUUUGGAGAUUUCUAACGGAGGGAAACUCUCUGUGGGCGCGGGUUGUCAGGGCAUGUAAGGGGGAUCUGGUAUGGGAUGAAGAAGGUUUCAGUUUAGAAGGAAACAGGUUGCUGAAACCAGGGUGGUGGAAGAACGUUCUGAAGUUGAGCUGGGGGGACAAGGGGGGGUGUUUGAGGGACAACCUGAAACCACAAGUUGGAGAUGGGGCGUCUUUCUCUUUUUGGAAUCAGAUUUGGGUUGGUGCGAAAACUCUGGGAGACCUUUUUCCAAGGCUUUUCAGAAUUAGUGACAACCAAGGGGGUUCUAUCAAGACAAUGGGAGAUUGGUUUGAUGGAGUUUGGGAAUGGAAGAUCGGUUGGAAUAGAGAACUGAGGGGGAGAGAGCAUGAUUGUUACUCUAAUCUUCUUGCUAUUCUUUCCAACGUUGAAAUCUUUGCAGGAAAAGAAGAUGGCUGGAGGUGGACGGCGUCGACUAAUGGAGUGUUCACGGUCAAAUCGGCGUACAGCAAGAUUAGAGAGUCUGGUGCCUCCUCUCCUCAAGGUGCCGUGGGUUUUGAUCUUCUUGAGAUGUGGAAAGCCCCGGCGCCUUUUAAGGCAAAGACAACCGCUUGGAGAGUGUUGAAAGGUAGGCUUGCUACAUGUGAAAACUUGAUCAGAAGACAGGUGAACAUUCCUAUUUCGGAAACGGCCUGUGUGUUUUGCAAGGAACAGACCGAGACGAUGGAGCAUCUCUUCUUCAAGUGCCAGAAAUCCGAUGUAAUUUGGUGGAAUCUUCUGCAGUGGCUUGGUUUUGAAUCGGCUUUGCCCGUUAAGGCUAGAGAGCAUUUUCUUGCCUUUUCAAAUCUUGGUAAAAAAUCUGAUUCAGCUCUUCUCAUCGCUAUCUGGUUGUGUACUAUUUGGUCAAUUUGGAACGGGAGGAACAAAUGUAAAUUUAACCAAGGAACAUGGAAUCCUCACAAGCUGAAGGCAGAGAUUAAAUCACGAGUGUGGGGGUGGAGCUUGGCUUUCAAAUUGCCGAAUUAUUCCAACGAUUUCAGGACGUGGAUUACAGGAACAAAUAUCUUGGCUUGA